AUGGCCUCCCAGCUCCGCCUCCACCUUGCGGCCACACCACCUCUCGUCCUUCCGCACCUCCGCCACCUCCCGCGGCCGCUCUGCCCCACCCUAAACCCAAUCCGAGCGCGGCUCCUCCCUCUCCCAGUCCCACGCGUUCUCUCCCACGCUCGUCCCGCCCGGGCGGUCGGGGGAGGCAUCGAGCCGAAGGAAGGUGUUGUCGCGGAGGGGAAGGAGUCCGGAGGGGAGCCCCUGCUCGUGGGGGAGGAUUCGGCUGCGUUCGAACUCAAGGACCAGAGCGUGGCGUCGUGGGCUUACUUCGCCGGGAUACUAGCCGCGGUGCUCGUUGCGCUCAACGUGCUGUGGAUCGACCCCGGUACCGGAGUCGGGACCAAAUUCCUCGACGCUGUCGCCUCCGUCUCCGACAGCCACGAGGUCGUUAUGUUGCUCCUUACCAUAAUAUUUGCUGUAGUUCAUAGUGGUAUGGCAAGCCUACGGGAAAGUGGUGAGAAAAUAGUAGGGGAGCGUGCUUACCGUGUGCUAUUCGCUGGAAUUUCACUGCCUUUAGUAGUUACUACUAUUGUAUACUUCAUAAAUCAUCGGUAUGAUGGUAUUCAAUUAUGGCAAGUUCAGGGAAUCACUGGCAUUCAUGAACUUGUUUGGAUCUCAUCGUUCAUUUCAUUCUUCUUUCUGUAUCCAUCUACUUUCAAUCUUUUGGAAGUGGCAGCUGUGGACAAGCCUAAAUUACAUAUGUGGGAAACAGGAAUAAUGCGUAUCACCAGACAUCCACAGAUGGUUGGGCAGGUAAUUUGGUGCCUUGCUCAUACACUAUGGAUUGGCAACUCAGUUGCCGUUGCAGCCUCUGUCGGACUUAUCAGCCACCAUCUCUUUGGUGCUUGGAAUGGUGACAGGAGGCUGGUGUCACGCUAUGGUGAAGCCUUUGAAGUCCUGAAGAAGAGAACAAGUGUUGUGCCCUUUGCUGCGAUUCUUGAUGGACGGCAGAAACUGCCCAAAGAUUAUCACAAGGAGUUCUUUCGGUUACCAUAUGUAGCAAUCACAAUAUUAACCUUGGGCGCAUACUUUGCUCAUCCAUUGAUGCAGGCAUCCAGCUACCAACUUCCCUGGUAA